CGACCUGCCCCUGCUCUUGCCUGUGAAUUAGCUAAUCAGCUAACUAGCUUAAGUGUUUUAUUAUUAAAGCGCUCUAACAGCCUAAAUGACUGAACGAACCGAGAAUUUUUAACAGAGUUUUUCGUUCUGCUGGGUGAAUGUGGUUAAAUGUUUUGGGCGCUAGUCUGAUAGUUACCAGGCUAUUAAGGCGAAUGCUAACGUUAGCUGAUAUUAGUUCUAUAGAACCGUCGUCAUUGUGCUGCAGUGGUUAUGAGUCAUCUUUUGUUUGUCUCGAAGAGGACAUAAUAAAGCAACCUUCACAAUUCAAUCUUUUGGCAGCAUGUUUAGAAACGAUUAUCAGGGUGGUCUCACGGUUGACAUCUUCAGUGCGCAAGGAAAAGAUCCUGUGGCAAAAUGGAAACUAUAUGGCAGGAAACCUCCUAUAACUAAAGUGUUUGAUAAAGAAGUGAAGGGCUUUGUAUACAGUCUUGAAGGCAGCAGUCAAACACACAAGAUGCAGUUACCUAAGGAUAGCAAGAUGGCUCUUGGUUUGAUUCAGAAGUUUCUGAUUCUACAGGUCAACAUUCCUUUGGGAAAAGACUUUUCCACUGAGUUUCUAGUGACUGAUGAAGAGCACCUAAAGAGGAGACUCUACUUGUCGACCGUUCAUAAAGAGGUCUCAGCAACCCCGUUGCAUGCGAGAAUACCUUUAACGUGGCUCAAACGAAAUACUUGGUGUAAUCUGUGUAUCGAUCUGGACUCCCUCACCACUGAGAUAUUCAAAGGGAAGCGCUUCCUGUCUCUGGAUGGCAUCAUCAUCUCCGCCUGCUGUAAGAUUCGCCGCAUCUUCACGAUGAAGAAUGAACCAGCAGACUGCGUAGAUGGAGGUUUAGAAAUAGGAAAUGGUCCAAAAGAUGAGAUUCCCAGGAACUGUCAGUUUCCUAGUGAAGUUCAGCACGUUGUCCAGUUGGUGAACAUGAAGACACUGGGACAGACUGAUUUAAAGGGAGGACCUGCGAAUUCAGAUACUGAAGAGACAGGUGGCGUCAAGGCAUCCAUCACAAGGUGUCCUACAACCCAGGACUUCUCCCAUAUUGCUUUUGGUUCAAAGGUUAUCGGACCUCCUCCGCUCACCGCCAGGAAGAGCAGCACAUCUGCGAAUCGAAAAGAAGAAAGAUCCAAGUCUGAAUUGAGCCUCAACAUACCAUCAGGCCGAAUUGAAAAUGUACAGCCACGACCUCCACUUGAAAGGCCAUCUGUUGAGAGAAUGGGAUCUAGGAUACCACAGAGAAUCCAAAAUGCAAGGAGAGAAAAAUCCAAGACAGAUAAAGAAGGUGGCAAAAUUAGCCUGAAGCCGAAGGGACCUGAGCUUCAAGGAAAAAUUGCAUUAUCCUCAUUUGGCUCUGAUCUAACAGUAGAAGAUGAAUUAACCGAUCCAAUUCUACAAGACUGUGCUUCUAGUGCGGAUACAUCUGGGUCAGCCUUCAAGCCUCCAUGUGCUGCUUCACCUCCAGACCGUGUGCUGACUACAGAUGACGCUGACAUUUGUGACACAGAAACCGAGCUCUCUCUCUGUGACGAGGAAUACGAAGAGGAAGUCUUCACUUUCUCUUCAUGCCCUCACUCAGCCAGACGGAAUCAGGCUAGCAGCAACCCUGUUGAGGAUUCGACCUUUGGCCUUAAAGGUCACAAGCUGGUAACUGAAGGAGAGCGCAAAGAUGCACGUCUGGAGGAUGAUUUCGUGUGUAGUGAAAGUGAAGAGGAUGAAAUGCAGGCAGAGUUCCUCCAUAGAUGUGCAGUCCAUUCCAUUACUGCUCCCCCACCACCUCCUUCAAUACAAAAACACACAGUCCUACCAGAGUUCUCUUAUGAGCCAAUUAAGACUCAGACCUCCACAGUCCGGCAUGUCUCUAAAGGACCAAAGAAGCAUGAACCCAUGCGAAUAGCACCAACCCGCUGUCUCUCACCGAGUUCCUCCAGUAGAGUGGAUCGGUCCGAGGCUGGCAGACCACUGCCUGAUGGAGAUACCAGAAUAUCUAUCAACAGAGCGUCUGUGCGAGAGAUCUCACUGAACAAUUCUGGGCUCCCAAAGGUUAGUGUCGAUUGGAGAGUUCAACCUUUGGGCUCUAGCAGGUGUGAUCUGAGGAGAGGUCAAGGUGAAGAGGAUGAGGAUGAGGAAGAUGAGCUACGAAUAUUGGCAAUUUUGAAGAGAGAGCAGGAGGAAGAAGGAGAUGGAGACAUGGGGAGCCCAGGCCUUAGUGCAUCACAGGUUCACCACUGCAACAUAAGUCUGAGUGGAAGCAGCGAUGACACCUCAACCUGGACUCAGUGUAUUCCAUUGCCAGUGGAUCAAGGCCAGCACUAUCAGAAAGAAAUGAACCCUCUUCUUCACUCUAAUCCCAGAGAAUGGAUGGAUGUCCUUAGCCCUCCGAUAGUUCAUCCAAAUCAACAGAUGGCCGAUGAAAAAGGAGAUCACAAGGGCUCAACCAGAGGGUCUAUGUUACACGACAACAGUGGAGAGGAAGAGUUUCUCAAUUUAAUGUAUGAUUCCUGCCUCAACUGUUACUUUGAUCCACAAUCAGGGAAAUAUUACGAACUGCUCUGAUCCCGAGAUGAGCAACAUGUUGAUCAAUACUGCCACUUUGUAUGGUUUUAAUUCAACCACUGCUCAACAAUUUAUUUAAUAAGUGUAUAUUUCUUGUACCUGUUUCUAAUGUAAUAUAGAUUUUUAGUAAUCAAUUCAUAUUCAAGCUUGUUUGAGCUCAUAACUGAAAAGUUAAUAAACCAUAUGAUUGAA